AGCGUGACGUCACGACGCUAGCUGGUAGCCGAGCGCUAGCAGCUGCAGCAAACGUCCCCCUUUCUGUCAACUUCCGGCCGCUCCAGGUUUGGUUUUUCCUCUGAUUAAAGGUCAGAAGGUGUGAAUGAAUGUAAACUCCUGCUGAUAACGCGGCAGCGCUGUCUUCAGGUGUCCGGAGCUCCGAGGCUCACGCACGUGCUGGAUGCUAGCAAGCUAUGAAGAUGAAGAAGAGACCCAACAUUCUGCUGACAGGGACGCCUGGUGUUGGGAAGACCACCCUGGGGAAGGAGCUGGCCCAGCAGACCGGGCUGACCUACGUCAACAUCGGAGACCUGGCUCAGGAAGGACAGCUCUACGACGGCUAUGACCACGAGUACCAGUGUCCCGUUCUGGACGAGGACAAGGUGGUGGACGAGCUGGAGGACAGGAUGACGGAGGGGGGUGUGAUCGUAGACUACCACGGCUGCGACCUGUUCCCGGAGCGCUGGUUCCACAUCGUCUUCGUCCUGCGGACGGACAACACCCGGCUGUACAGUCGUCUGGAGAGCAGAGGCUACAGCGGGAAGAAGCUGCAGGACAACGUGCAGUGUGAGAUCUUCCAGACCAUCUACGAGGAGGCGGUGGACGCCUACCGGGAGGACAUCGUCCACCAGCUGCCCAGCAACACGCCCGAGGACCUGGAGCGCAACCUGGACCAGAUCCUGCAGUGGACCCAGCAGUGGAUGAAGGACCACAACUAGCUGGCAGACAGGAAACACAGGACAGUCCAGCCCCACCCCCACGGUCCAGGCCCCGCCCAGCGUUAGCGUGGGCUGCUAGCAGAGCGGCACCGCCAGGCCACCAUCCCGCCACGCCGCCACCCCGCCAGGCCACCAUCCCGCCAGGCAACCACCCCACCAUCCCGCCACGCCACCUCCAGGCCGCCACCUCCAGGCCGCCACCGCCAGGCCACCAUCCCGCCACGCCACCACCCCGCCAGGCCACCAUCCCACCCUGCCAGGCCACCACCCCACCAGGCCACCAUCCCGCCAGGCCACCACCCCGCCAGGCCACCAUCCCACCCCGCCAGGCCACCACCCCACCAGGCCACCAUCCCACCCCGCCAGGCCACCAUCCCACCCUGCCAGGCCACCAUCCCACCCCGCCAGGCCACCAUCC